AUGAGUGAUUCAACAACUCAUACAGAAGGUUUAAUGCCUCACGGCCCUACUUUGCCAAAUACAUCAAAUUUACCGGCAUUUACAAACACGGGAUGGAAUGGCAAUAUAUUGCUAUUUUUUUAUUGUUAUAGAUAUUCUAAUGUUAAUCGACCAGAAACAAUUGAAAUAGAAAGAGUUGCACCUCAGAGUCAAAAUUGUCAAAAAAAAUUGAUGACACAAGGGGAAGCAGACCAACAAUUUCCAUCAAUUCUUUAUAAAGUAUGGCAAUCACAACAUAAACACGAAAAACAGCGUUUUCAUAAAACAAAAACAAAGGAAGAAUCGAAAGAGCAGGAAUUAGUCGAUACUGUAGCUGUUAACAAUUCAGCUAAUGCUCCUGAUAUAUUCGAUGAGCACAAGCUUCAACAAGAGUUACUUGAUUCUGAUGCUCUCUGUAAUAAUGAUCCUGCAGAAAAAAAUAUAAAUACUUGUGUUCCAGAUUCUUAUAUGGAUCCCCUUUCAAAUACUCUUAGAGAAUCUUCUAAUAUUGAAAAUAACGAUGUUAGUAUAUAUAUUCCAGAUGAACAAAGUAAACAUGAAGAUAAGUAUGUAAAUGAGAAUAAACAUGAAGAGGUUUCAUCAAUCAAUUCAUCCAGUAAUUCGUCCUAUGAUGAUACAUGUGCUAUAUGUCUCGAUGUUUUUGAAGGUGAAGAUGAAGUAAGAGUGCUUACAUGUGGCCAUAUAUAUCAUUCUUCAUGCAUUGUACCAUGGUUUACUACAAGACGUGCUAUGUGCCCUCUUUGUAAAUACGAUUUUUAUAUUCCUAAAACACCUACAAAUGCAGACACAGAAAAUACAAGCAGAAGUAUAGAACCUUUUCGUGAUGCCCAAAUUUAUAAUCAUCAUCGACAUCGUCCACCUGUGGUAUACUUUUCUACUUUCGAGCCUCAACAUUACGAACAAUAUAGAAUUUCUAACAGUAACUAUGGGAACAGUCUAUAUAGAGAAACAAACACAAGAAACUCUUUAUCUAGAGGAACUUAUAGAAGCUCAUUAUUUAGAAGGAAUCAUUCUUUUAUCUAA